AUGCCGUCUGAGAAAUCCAGCCAGCGCGCUGCAUCCUCACAACCAGCUGAGCCUGCCCCUCAGGACCUUCCGCCAUCAUACGAAAACGUUGUCCCAGCCAUUUCUACCCCUUCCAAUAUACCACCCUCAAUCCGAAUACCAAGCCAAAACCCCCUCGAUGCGAUCUACCGCCUAGGUUUGGUCGCUUUGGCCAAAUACGGCGUCUCUCAAGGUAAAUGGUCCAAAGACCUCGCCUCCAUCACCACCACUAAACCCGAGCUAUCCGAAACGGAAUACGAACUCGUGCGCUUCAUCCACGAACAAGCCGCCCUCCCACCCAAACCUCUGAUGCUCAUCCACGGCGAGCAUUCCAGAGGUGGUGAAAACGUCAUCGACUUCGAAAUACUCAUCAACUUGACUUCGCUUUUGGACAUCACUGGAACGUCAGCGCAAUCUCGAACUCACGUUAAACCAUUCGACGACUCUUCUUCACCCAGGAGUUCACGAAACUCCAACCGAACUCCGCUAGAACAAUGGAUCAAGAAGUUCUGCGAAGAAAAAGUCGAAAACAAGAGUUUCACGCUCCACCGACAAGUCACCAAUCUCCCCGGGCAAAUCCUCGAAGGUAUGGUGCGCACGCUGGUAGCCUCGACCAAAUACCGUGGCAAACUCACCGUGAGUUUCCCCGUACAGUAUACCGACGUGAUUGUCUCGCGCCAGGGAGGUAAUUGGUUCACGAAUAUGCUACGACUGAGCCCGACGAAGAAAUAUGAGGUCGUCGAAGCGGUGUGGGACGUUGCUGCUAGUUCGGGAGCUGAGAGAUCAAGUGCCAGCGCCAACGCGAAUGAUCACUCCGCUCGGGAGAGGAAUGGUCGAGCUGGAUUGAUUGCGCAGGAGUGGUGGCGCGAAUGGCAGUAUGCGAUUUAUAAUGGGGUGUUGACGGGGAGGAAGGGAUGGGUCACGGUUGAGGAUUGGAUGGAGGCCAAGAUGGGGGUGAGAGUCACGGAGAGGAAUAGGGAUUGGGGCGUUGAUUGGGAGGGCUGA